AUGAAGAGGGACAGGACAGGAAAUUUUCUGCUUUCAGGGGCCCAGGAGUCUUCUGCCAUAUUCUGGGAAGUACAGCGCUAUGAUGGCUGGUUCAACAAUCUGAGACACCAUGAAUUGGGCUCAGCAGGCUCCAGGCUCCAGCGUUUGGUCCCUGCUACAUACUCAGAUGGCGUUUACCAACCCUUGGGAGAACCACACCGACCCAACCCCCGAAGCAUCAGUAAUAUUGCCAUGCAGGGUCCCUCUGGGAGUUCCUCUUUACAAAACCGCACUGUGCUUGGGGUCUUUUUUGGCUACCAUGUCCUCUCUGAGGUGGUGAGUGUGGAACGGCCAGGCUGUCCUGCUGAGUUUAUGAACAUUCAAAUCCCUAAAGGAGACAAAGUGUUUGAUCCAGAUAACACAGGAAAUAUAGAGCUGCCUUUCCAGAGGAGUGAGUGGGACCUACACACAGGGCAGAGUCCUAACAAUCCCCGAGACCAGAUCAAUCAAGUCACUAGCUGGAUAGAUGGCAGUGCCAUCUAUGGCUCCUCUCACUCCUGGAGUGAUACACUAAGGAGCUUCUCUGGUGGGAAGUUGGAAUCAGGAUCAGAUCCUGAUUUCCCCAAGGAUACUCAAGGACCCUUCCUCAUGUGGCUAGCACCAGACCCUUCCACUGGGCAGCAGGGGCCCCAAGGGCUGUAUGCCUUCGGAGCCGAAAGGGGAAACCAAAAUCCAUUUCUGCAGGCACUGGGCCUCCUCUGGUUCCGAUACCAUAAUCUGUGGGCUCAGAGGCUGGCCGAGAAGCACCCAGCCUGGAAAGAUGAAGAGCUGUUCCAGCAUGCCCGAAAGAGAGUCAUUGCCACCUACCAGAACAUUGUCCUCUAUGAAUGGCUUCCCAGCUUCCUGGAGAGAACGCCACGGCCAUAUGAAGGGUACAAGUCAUUUUUGGAUCCCAGCAUCUCACCUGAGUUCCUAGCAGCCUCCAAACAAUUCUUCUCCACUAUGGUGCCCCCUGGUGUCUAUAUGAGAAAUGCCAGCUGUCAUUUUCAAAACAUCACUAACAAGGGACAAGGUACCUCCUCAGCAAUUAGAGUCUGCAACAGCUACUGGAAUCGAGAGAACCCAAAUCUUCGCAGUGCAAAGGCAGUGAACGAAUUGCUCCUGGGAAUGGCCUCCCAGAUCGCAGAGCGAGAAGACAGGAUUGUGGUGCAGGAUCUGAGAGAUUACUGGCCUGGCUCUGGCAAGUUCUCACGAACAGACUAUGUAGCCAGCAGCAUUCAGAGGGGCCGGGACCUGGGACUGCCCAGCUACAACCAGGCUCUUGAAGCUAUGGGUUUGCAGCCACUAGAGAACUGGAAUACCCUCAACUCCAACCUGGAGCCCCAUGUCCUGGAGGCGAUAGCCACCUUGUACAACCAUAGCCUAUCUCAUCUGGAGCUGCUCCCAGGGGGCCUCUUGGAGAGUUAUGGGAAACCUGCAUCUCUGUUUUGCAACAUUGUCUUUGACCAGUUUAUUCGAUUACGAGAUGGGGACCGUUACUGGUUUGAGAACACAAGAAAUGGGUUGUUCACAGUUGAGGAGAUCCUUGAGAUUCGAAAUACAACCCUCCAUGAUGUCUUGGUAGAUGUUACUAAUGUCAGUUCUGAUAACGUGCAGCUCAAUGUCUUUUUCUGGCAUGAAGGAAACCCCUGCCCACAACCCCAGCAACUUAAAGAAGGUAUCUUGCCCCCUUGCUUGAACAUGACAGUGAUUGACUACUUCAAAGACAGUGGUCCUGGCUUUGGGGUUACUAUUAUAGCCCUCUUCCUUCUCCCUUUAGUGAGUCUGUUCAUUGCUUGGGUGGUAGCAUGCUUCCGAGGUAGAGAGUUCAAGAAGCUACAGAAGAAAGAAAAACAGAGUAUAAAGAAGGAAAUGCCCAUGGAGGGAGUAGCAGCAAUGGAAUGGCCAGGUCCAGGCAAGAGGAGUUGUCCCAUCUACCUACAGCUGUUACCAGAGAGAUCCCUUCGAGUGCUAGAUGAACAACUAUCUAUUAUCCGGACCAUCCAGCUCCAGCCUUUACAGCAGAUGAACCUGAUCCAGUCAAAUAAUUAUGGCCGCCGGGCACUGCUACUCAAGAUCCCCAAGGAAUAUGACAUAGUAUUGAUGUUCAACUCCGAGGAGGAGCGGGGUAUCUUUAUCCAGCACCUUCAGGGUUACUGUGCCCAUUGGGACCUGGACUUUGGGCUGUCAGAGAUCGGAGAAAAAGACCUGCUCAAAAAAGCUGUGACCAAGCAGCAGAGGGGGCAUAUCCUAGAGACCUUUUUUAGGCACCUUUUUGCACAGGUGCUGGACAUUGACCAGGCAGAAACAAGGAGCUGGCCUCCAGAUUCAGACUUACCUCAGAAGGUUCGAGAAGCCCUGGCCUGUGAGCUAAGCAGGGCAGAAUUUGCAGAGUCCCUUGGCCUUAAGCCUCAGGCCAUGUUUGUAGAGGCCAUGUUCUCCCUAGCUGACAAAGACAACAAUGGAUACUUAUCCUUCCGAGAAUUCCUAGAUAUCCUGGUCAUCUUCAUGAAAGGCUCCCCAGAAGAUAAAUCCAAGCUCAUGUUCACCAUGUAUGAUCUAGAUAAGAAUGGUUUUCUCUCCAAGGAGGAGUUCUCCACUAUGAUGCGGUCCUUCAUCGAGAUCUCCAACAACUGCCUGUCCAAGGCUCAACUGGCCGAGGUGGUGGAGUCCAUGUUCCGAGAGUCUGGCUUCCAAGACAAGGAGGAGCUGACCUGGGAGGAUUUCCACUUCAUGCUGAGAGACCACGACAGCGAGCUCCGGCUCACCCAGCUUUGUGUCAAAGGUGUUCCAGAUAUCUUUAAGCAGAAUAUCAAUCAUCGAGUCUCCUUCAUUGACAAAAACCGGACAGGAGGCAUGAAUUCCAAUGGUGUUGAGAUUCUAUCCUCAGAGACCCCAGAGCCUGGCAGCACUGGGAUGAGGAAGAGGUUUGGCAAGAAGAUACACACUGUUGCUCCACGACUAUACACAGAGGCCCAGAGGGAAAAACUUCAUGGAGGCCAAUUCUUUCAGAAGCUCCAGCAGUUUAAGCGUUUUGUGGAGAACUAUCGGCGACAUAUUGGCUGUGUGGCUAUCUUCUCUGCCAUCUGUCUUGGGCUGUUCGCAGAGCGGGCUUAUUAUUACGCCUUUGAUUUACCAAGCUCGGGCAUCUCUCAGACUACACUUGUGGGUCUCAUUCUGUCCCGAGGGACGGCAUCCAGCAUCUCCUUCAUGUUCUCCUACAUCCUGCUCACCAUGUGCCGCAACCUCAUCACCUUCCUACGGGAGACCUUCCUGAACCGCUACGUGCCCUUUGAUGCUGCAGUGGAUUUCCACCGUUGGAUUGCUAUGGCAGCUGUCAUUCUAGCUAUUCUGCACAGUGCUGGCCAUGUGGUAAAUGUCUACAUCUUCUCAGUCAGUCCACUCAGCGUGCUCUCCUGCAUCUUCCCAAAUGUCUUUGUGAAUGAUGGGUCCCAGCUGCCCCAGAAGUUCUAUUGGUGGUUCUUUGAAACUGUUCCAGGCAUGACAGGAGUGCUCCUACUCGUGGUUCUGGCCAUCAUGUAUGUCUUUGCCUCCCAUCACUUCCGCCGACGCAGUUUCCGGGGCUUCUGGCUGACCCACCAUCUCUACAUUCUAUUUUACAUCCUGAUCAUCAUCCAUGGUAGUUUUGCACUGAUCCAGUUGCCCCGUUUCCACAUUUACUUCCUGAUUCCAGCUAUUAUCUAUGGUGGGGAUAAGCUGGUGAGCUUGAGCCGGAAGAAAGUAGAGAUCAGUGUGGUGAAGGCUGAGCUGCUGCCUUCAGGUGUUACCCACCUGCAGUUCCAAAGGCCCCAGGGCUUUGAGUACAAGUCAGGGCAAUGGGUACGUAUUGCCUGCUUGUCCCUGGAUACCACAGAAUACCAUCCCUUCACACUCACCUCUGCACCCCAUGAGGAUACGCUCAGUCUGCACAUCAGAGCUGUGGGGCCCUGGACCAUACGACUUAGAGAAAUCUACUCACUUCCACCAGGAAACAGCUGUCCAUUAUAUCCUAAGCUGUACCUGGAUGGCCCAUUUGGGGAAGGCCACCAAGAGUGGCACAAGUUUGAGGUAUCUGUGCUGGUGGGUGGGGGCAUUGGGGUCACCCCAUUUGCCUCCAUUCUCAAAGACCUGGCCUUCAAGUCAUCAGUCAAUAGCCAACUGCUCUGCAAGAAGAUCUACUUCAUCUGGGUGACAAGGACACAAAGACAGUUUGAGUGGCUGGCAGACAUCAUCCGGGAGGUGGAGGAGAAUGACCUUCAGGAACUGGUUUCUGUGCACAUCUACAUCACCCAAUUGGCUGAGAAGUUUGACCUUCGGACCACCAUGUUGUACAUCUGUGAGCGGCACUUCCAGAAGGUGCUGAACCGGAGCCUCUUCACCGGCCUGCGCUCCAUCACCCACUUUGGUCGCCCUCCUUUUGGCCCAUUCUUCAACUCACUGCAGGAAGUCCAUCCAGAGGUGCGGAAGAUUGGGGUGUUUAGCUGUGGUCCUCCUGGCAUGACCAAGAAUGUGGAAAAAGCCUGUCAACUUAUCAACCAACAGGACCAGGCUCACUUUAUACAUCAUUAUGAGAACUUCUGAGCAGCUCCAUUUGGGUCCUGGAGAUUGUACAAAACUUCAUAAAGGUUCAGAACCUGGCCCCAACCCCACCAUGCUGCAUUUCUCUCUCUCCCUCUCCCC